AUGUACGAGAAGAUCCAUCAAGUAACCAGCGCGGCCCCGCAAAUCGAGAGUGUCCUCGCCACAACCUCACGCACUCCGUUUACUAGUGCUCUGACCAGCGUCCAACUCAGAAAAAUAGAAAACCUGCGCCUACCCGAGUACAAACCCGGCGGAGACCCGGUGGAACACAUGACAGCUUUCAACAUUGCGAUGGCACGGGCUCGACUCCCAGAAGAAGAAAGGGACGCAGGCUACUGCCAACUGUUCUUCGAAACUCUCCACGAGCAAGCCCUAACCUGGUUUUCCCAGUUAGAAGAAAACUCCAUCGGAAGUUUCCGCGACUUGUCGGCAACCUUUCUCAAGACUUACAUUAUGUUCACCAAGCGCAGCGCUACUGCCUCUAGCUUGUGGAACCUCAACCAAACCAAAGACCAGAGUCUUCGCGACUACAUGGAGAAGUUCAAAACCGUAGUCUCAAGGAUUGACAUUCCAGACGGUAUCGCCAUUGACGCCUUGCGGAACACGUUGUGGGUUCGUUCUAAAUUCCGAGAGGAUUUAUACCAAAACCCAACUACGUCGCUCCAGGAUACUAUCGCGCGAUCUGACAACUUCAUCCGAAUGGAAGAAGAUACUAACGCCAUUCUCAGCAAGAUGAACGCACCCAAAGCGCCAGCGGCUAAAAACGCCAACACGCGACAAAAACCGCACCAGCAUGCUCCAACCGACAAAAACGGUUGCAAAGACGGAUACUGA